UGAAGCACUCCACUGCGCGUCGUGCUUCUCCUAACACUUCUCUCGUGUUCUGCCAACCCCCGCGUGCUUUAAGACAGCACACAGCACGCGUGCACGUUUUCUAUUUCUCCAAUAGUUAGUCCCUUUUACAGCUGUACUACCUGUGUCAUCUCAAAAGGUUGUCAUGCCUGUGCAUCAAAGUGGUCAAAAUGACCAGCAAGGCAAAGAUUUGACCAGACAAGUCCCAGUUCUUGCUGGACAUUGUCUGAUGUCCAACAUCUAUUUCAAGCCCUAUGCAAUAAUAGACACAAAUCGAAAUUGAAAAAGCCUUAAAAGAAGACCCAACAGUUUAUGAAUAUGACAAUAUUUAUGAUGAUAUGGCAAAGAAAAAGGAAGCAGCCAUUCCUAAAUUAACAGAAAAAGAGAAAAAGCCCAAGUACAUUGAAAAUUUACUCAAGUCAGCAAAGACAAGAAAAAUGGAAGAGGAACGUCGUAUUGAGAGAAAAACCCACAAGGAACGAGAACAAGAGGGUGGGGAAUUCCAGGAUAAGGAGGAAUUUGUUACAUCUGCUUAUCGCAAAAGAAUGCUUGAAUUAGAAGAAGAGGAAAAGCGACUACGAGAACAGGACGCCAUCGACGCGAUGAAUGACGUCACGAAGCGAUCUGAUUUGAAUAUGUUUUAUAGCAAUCUACUCAAACAGAAUGUGUCAAUGGGUGGCGCCUUUGCUGCAGAGGCCAAAAGCCAAGACCAGGAAUCUGUUAAAGACAAAACUGACGAUGACGAUGGUGACAGAUCAUCUUUGGACAAAAAUCAGAAAAGCAAAGUCGACAAGCUAAUUCAAGAUUCUCGAGAUACAAAAAUCAAGGGAAAAAUUUCAUCUAAAGAUGAGAGUCGCUCAAAACAGGCUCGAAAAGACGAUCGAAAAGAAGGGCGGGAAAAUAAUGAAAGACCGAGACACCGUGAAGAGUCUGAUAAACAUUCACGAGGCCACCACGAGCACAAACGACGGAAAUCCAGCGACGAUGAACGCCGUCAACGACGAAGCGAUGACUACAAGGAAAAAGAUCGAAAGAGAUCACAUCAUAGAGAUAACGAUGUUUAUUCGGAAAAUACUCGGGAUGGUAAUCGGAAACACGAUAGGCCAAAAACUGAAGAACGAUUGGAGACCGAAGAAAACCGAAAACCUGAACCUAGUGAGAGGAGCAAACAAGAAGAGAAAGAGAAAGACAAACGAGAGAAUGCCGCUUCGUCUAAGUUUGUCAAACGAAGUAAUGAUGAAACUAUUUCUUCUGCAAAACAGAGAUACCUCGAGAGAAAACGUGUCCGUGAAUAUGCACUUCAGAUGCGAAAAACAGACGAUUCGGAUGAAGAUUGACUUCAUGUAUAGUUUAAUGAUUGUUAUGCCUCAUCUUUGAAAUAUUAAACUUAUUGUAAACUGUACAAUCAGUGA